AUGGCUCAAAGCCAUCAUGAAGGCUCAUCUUUAUUAUUAAACCAUAGUUCAGACCAUGGACCCAGCAUACAAGAGUCUGUGCAGAGUUCUCCAUCACAUAAGAGAUCCUUCUUUUGUUGCCAGAGACCCGAGCGGCUGUGGAGCACUACUAUUGUAGCCCUAGCAGCUGCUCUGUCUCCUCUAGUAGGUGGAUAUGCAGUGGGAUAUCCAUCCUCUUCUCUUAUCAACUUGAGCAACAUGACACACAACCGCUCCUUGGUAAACGGGUCUGUUCUUGUUGAUACUUAUGGGGCUUUAGUUCCCUUUGGUGCAUUAUUUGGAGGAGCAAUGGCUGGCUUUUCGGCCGAUACACUUGGACGUAAGCCAACAAUUGUCAUAGCACUGUUACCAUAUUUUGUGGGUUGGAUUAUGCUUGGAAUUUCGUGGUUCAUUAACAAUUCAAUUGCUUUUAAAGUGAUCAUACUAGUUGGUCGGUUUAUAACUGGCGUUGGAAUAGGAUGGGCCAUGUUGAUUGGACCAGUUUACAUUGGAGAAGUUUCUACUCCUUCACUGAGAGGGCUUUAUAGCUCACUGCCACAGCUGCUACUAAAUGUUGGGAUCUUCCUCAUAUACUGCAUUGCAGUCAUCCCUGGCAUUGAAUACUACCAAACUGCUUUCAUUGCAGCCAGCAUGAGUUUCAUUGUAUUUCUCAUUGUGAUAUGGCUACCAGAAACACCUCGGUUUCUCAUUGCCAAGGAGAACUUUAAAAAGGCUUUGAAGGUCCUCGUGUUUCUACGAGGACAUACUAUGAAUGCUCAAGAAGAGAUAGCAGAGAUUGAAGGAGCAAUUGCAAAGCAGAAGAAGCUCACUUGUAUUGAGACCCUGCGUGAGAUGAGACAUCGUAGCGUCUACCUUCCGUUUAUAUUGAUGCUUGUGCUGAUGUUCUUUCAACAGUUUUCAGGCAUAAAUACAAUUGCAUUUUAUGGUGAAAUAAUACUAAAGGAUGCAGGGCUGAGUCAAGAAAUGGCAAAGUACAUGGCCCUUUUGUCCAUCGGUCUUUGCCCUGUUAUUUUCACGCUGCUUACUACAUUAACUGUUGAUUUAUUUGGACGAAAAAUCCUCCUAAUGGCCAGUGCUUUAAUCAUGGGUUUCAGCUCGUAUUGCUUAGGUCUAUUCAACAGAUACAACAACCUCAAUGUAUUGGGCAUCGUGUCAAUGAUAUGUUUUGAGUUUGGAUUCAGCAUUGGAUAUGGACCCAUACCAUGGAUUAUGAUAGCCGAAAUGAUA